UCUCUGUGUGUGUGUAUGUGUGUGCGUGUGUGUGUGUUCGUGUGUGUAUGUAUCUAGAUACCUUUGUCGGUGGCGGUGUCUCUGCCAUUACAAUUUGACGUCAGCAGCGAGUAUCUUGCCAGCUUGUCGCUUGUCAAUCUAGGCGCUGAUAAAAAACGCAACCACGAAACAUAAACCAACCAAAGCAACAACAACUACAACAACAACAAUUAUAAAAAAAAGCAAGUGCCGUGGAAUCGUUCGUCUGGCGUAUCUUUUACUGCCUUUUGGUCGCCGGUUGUGUUUUUCAGUGAUAAAUGCAUUUCAUGCGUUCCAACUAUGUAAAUACCAAUUUAAUUUGAGUGUCUAUAGUAAAUACCAAACCCCCAAACGCACCCCCACCACCCACCUCCGCUCCCCCCUCUCUCUCUGUCUCUCGCCCAGAGAUACAAAGGCAAAAGAGUGUUGAAAAAAAAAGGCCGUCAGCAGUCAGAAAUCCACACACAGUUUGGAAUCAUCGCCAUCGUCGUCGUUGUCCAACUGGCAACCAAAUAUUGAAUAUUUACACAUGCGUUGAGUGGAGUGCAUUUUCGAGUGGCUGCACUUACGAGUAGUACUAUAUCCACAGAUACACACAUAUAUACAUAUACAUAUAUAUAUAUCGCACUGUGCAGUUUACGGAGUUUCGAGUUUGAGUACGAGUAUCACAUCAUCAACAACAGAGUUUGUCAGCAGCAGAUUCAUUCGUGUGAGUGUCGUGUGUUGUGGGUUAUCAUAUAGUUUGCUAAUUGGCCCAUAAGCCCGCUCGGAACGGCUGCCGACUCCGGAGAUACUUUACUCCACUUCACUUCGACAACUGAGGACUGAGGACUGAGGAUAACCAGCAAUGGAUAUGAAUAUGUCGUUGUUGCUGCUCACUCUGGCCUACGUCGCCACAUUGGCACCCAGCUUGGCCGGCUCUUCGCGAUUCAUUCAACCGCCGCAGAGUCAAACGAUCAUCGAGAACGAUGCCGUUGACUUCAGCUGUGAGGCAACGGGACCCUCCAGCGAUUUCCACUACGACUGGUUGCACAAUGGUCAACAAAUUGUGUAUGACAAGCGUGUCGCACAAAUCGGCUCCAAUUUGCAUAUCGACUCCGUGAGGCGCGAGGAUGCCGGCGAUUAUGUGUGUAUUGCAGCCAGUGUGACCAGCGGCGCCAGGCAGGCGUCCCCGCCAGCUAAAUUGAGCGUAAUAUAUCUGGACUCGGCCAGCGUGCAGUUGCUGGGCAGCAAUCGGAACGAGCUGCUGCUCAAGUGCCAUGUGGAGGGUGCAUCCGGCGAUGAGAUGCUGCAGAUUGAAUGGUAUCGGGACAGCGCCAAGUUGAGCACCUGGCAGAAUGUGGAGCUGCAGCAGCAUCGCCUCCUGGUGCGUCAGCCGAGCACUGCCGACGAUGGACUCUAUCGCUGUACUGCAGCCAAUGCGGCGGCACGUGUGAUGAGCAAACAGGGCUAUUUGUAUAGGUAUCAGUCGAGUGCUCUGGGCGUUGCCAAGUGUCUGCCCCGUCUGAAGAAGAACCAGAAGUUGCCCGAGUCCUGGGGCAAACAGGUAUUCUUGUGUCGCGGCAAACGUGGCGGCUCUGGCGACAUGGAACAAUCACUCUCAUUGCCCCCAUCGCCGGAAGGUCUGCGCAUCGAGCAGGGUCCCAAUGCCAAGCUGACCAUUAAAGAGGGCGAUGCGGCAGCGUUGAGCUGCCUCUACGAGCUACCUGCCGAGCUGCAAAAUCAACGUGUCCAGCUGCGUUGGCGAAAGGAUGGCAAAAUCCUACGACAUGUGGAGCUAGGCGAACCAUUAAUACCUGGCCUGACCCUGGACCAUGGCAAGGAUGCCCUCCUACGCGAAGAUGCACGUUUGGUCCUCCACAAACAGAAUGGCACACUCAGUUUCAAUAGUGUCAUUGCCAGCGAUGCUGGUAUUUAUAUGUGCCAAAUACAGCUGGAAGGACAUGCAGCUGUCAACUCCCCACCUGGCACUCUGGAGGUGAUUGAGCAGCUCAAGUUCACGCCGCAGCCAACGUCAAAGAAUCUGGAACUUGGUCAACAGGGCAAGCUGCACUGUAAAGCACAAGGCACCCCAACGCCGCAGGUGCAAUGGCUCAGGGAUGCGUCGAAUAGCAGCCUGCCCGACAACGUGGACGACAUCAAUGGCACUCUAAUCUUCCGGAAUGUUAGCGCCGAGCAUCGCGGCAACUAUACGUGUCUGGCCAGCAAUAGUCAGGGCCAGAUCAAUGCCACUGUCUCUAUAAAUGUGGUAGUUGCUCCCAGGUUUAGUGUGGCGCCCCUGGGACCCGUCGAGACAGCCGAACAGGGUGUCGCUGUCAUACAUUGCCAGGCAAUUGGUGAUCCCCGGCCGACGAUCCAAUGGGAUAAAGAUUUGCAAUAUAUGAGCGCGAAUAAUACGGAUCGUCAGCGUUUCAGCUUUCUGGAGAAUGGCACCUUGGAGAUACGCAAUGUGCAAGUGGAGGAUGAGGGCAAAUAUGGCUGCACCAUUGGCAACAGUGCGGGCCUGAAGCGAGAAGAGGUCCAACUGGUGGUGCGGACCAACAGCGAUGGUUUCAUUACAGAGGAAUCAGCCGGCGAUGGUUUUCUGGUCACACGUGCCGUGCUCAUUACCAUGACGGUGGCUUUGGCUUAUAUAGUGCUCGUGGUUGGAUUGAUGUUGUGGUGUCGCUAUCGUCGGCAGGCACGCAAGGCGCGCCUCAAUGAGCUGAGCAUCAAGGAAGCGGGCGGGGAUCAACCCGAGCCGGGCAAAAACAAUGAACAGGAACCCUGUCUAUCCAAAACGCAACGGAAUGGCCACAGCAAAUCCCGGGCAGCAAAUGGUGAUCCACAGAAAUCCGAUGAUACCGCAUGCAGUCAGCAAUCGAAGGCUUCAAAGAAAUCCGCCAGUGUCUAUGAGCAACUGUCGCUGCCACGCUCCGGUUUAAGUGAACUGAUUCAAAUUGGACGCGGUGAGUUUGGCGAUGUGUUUGUGGGCAAAUUGAAGGCAUCCCUGGUGUCGGUCUUGUCGCCCAGUGACAAGGAUGCCGACACUGAGAAGCAGCACAGUAAUAGUGAGAAUGGCAGUGGUAGCAGCGGAAGCACCACCUUAAGCACACUAAAUGAGAAACGACGCUCCAAGACAUCUAUGGAUGACAUUGAGGAAAUCAAGGAGGAGGAACAGCCACAGCCACAGCAGGAGGAUCAUUUGGUUCUAGUCAAGGCACUGAACAAGGUCAAAGAUGAGCAGGCUUGCCAGGAGUUCCGUCGGCAGCUAGACCUGCUGCGCUCCAUCUCGCAUAAGGGUGUUGUCCGUCUCUAUGGUCUGUGCCGCGACAAGGAUCCGCAUUAUUUGGUGCUGGAGUACACCGAUUGGGGGGAUCUCAAGCAAUUUUUAUUGGCCACCGCCGGCAAGGUUAACACCGCCACAGCCACAUCCUCUCCACCACCACUGACCACCAGUCAAAUGCUUGCCGUCGCUUAUCAAAUAGCCCGGGGAAUGGAUGCCAUCUAUCGCGCUCGCUUCACCCACAGAGACCUUGCCACUCGUAACUGCGUCAUCUCCAGUGAAUUUAUUGUGAAAGUCGCCUAUCCGGCAUUGUGCAAGGACAAGUAUAGUCGCGAAUAUCACAAGCAUCGCAAUACGUUGCUGCCGGUGCGCUGGCUGGCACCGGAAUGCAUACAGGAGGAUGAGUAUACCACCAAGAGCGACAUCUUUGCCUUUGGCGUCGUCGUCUGGGAGCUAUUCAAUCAGGCUACCAAACUGCCGCAUGAGGAGCUAAGCAACGAGCUGGUGGUCCAACGUUCACUCGACAAUACACUGGAAUGGUCCGUGGCCGAGGAGACGCCAGCCUGCCUCAAGGAGAUUUUGCUCACCUGCUGGUCGACCAAUCCCAAAGAACGUCCGUCAUUCAGUCAGUUGGGUGCUGCUCUGAGCAAGGCCAUGCAAAGUGCUGAGAAGUGAGCGCUUUGGUGACUGACUUAGUGUUGGUAAACGUUUGAAACAGAACAAGAAACAGUUUGCUAACUACGCCAAAUAUAAUUUGUAGUACAUAUUUGUCUUAGUGUAUUUAAAUAGCUUAAGUUAAGUUUGAUAAAUGUAUCAAUAUAAGUAUUUGCAUUGUACUGAGCUAUUUUUUUAAAUGCUAGACGCAUGUUCAACAUGCGUACUUAAUUAUAACCUAAGAUUAAUAAUAUAUUUUAAUUGUAUAAAUCA